AUGACCGCGGAGGAGAUGAAGGCGGCGGAGAGUGGGGCGCAGUCAGCGCCGCUAACUCUAGAAGGAGUGGACAUCAGCCCCAAGCAAGAUGAAGGAGUACUUAAGGUCAUCAAACGAGAGGGCACAGGCACAGAGAUGCCCAUGAUUGGGGACCGGGUCUUUGUCCACUACACUGGCUGGCUGUUAGAUGGCACUAAGUUUGAUUCCAGUCUGGACCGAAAGGACAAAUUCUCCUUUGACUUAGGAAAAGGGGAGGUAAUCAAGGCUUGGGACAUUGCUGUCGCAACCAUGAAGGUGGGGGAAGUGUGCCACAUCACCUGCAAACCAGAAUAUGCCUAUGGUUUGGCAGGCAGUCCUCCAAAGAUCCCAUCCAGUGCUACGCUUGUGUUUGAGAUAGAGUUAUUUGAGUUCAAGGGAGAAGACCUGACAGAAGAUGAAGAUGGAGGCAUCAUCCGUAGAAUACGGACUCGGGGUGAAGGCUAUGCCAAGCCCAAUGAGGGGGCUAUCGUGGAGGUCACCCUGGAAGGGUACUAUAAGGACCGGAUGUUUGACCAGCGGGAGCUCCACUUUGAGAUCGGUGAUGGGGAGAAUCUGGAUCUGCCUUGUGGGCUGGAGAAGACCAUUAUGCGAAUGGAGAAAGGAGAACAUUCCAUUGUGUACCUCAAACCCAGCUAUGCCUUUGGCAAUGUUGGGAAGGAAAAGUUCCAAAUCCCACCACAUGCUGAAUUGAAAUAUGAAAUUCACCUCAAGAAUUUUGAGAAGGCCAAGGAGUCAUGGGAGAUGAAUUUGGAGGAGAAACUGGAACAGAGCACCAUAGUGAAGGAACGGGGCACUGUGUACUUCAAGGAGGGCAAGUACAAGCAAGCAUUAGUGCAAUACAAGAAGAUUGUGUCCUGGCUGGAAUAUGGGUCGAGUUUGUCCAGUGAGGAAGCACAAAAGGCACAGGCUCUUCGACUGGCCUCCCACCUCAAUCUGGCCAUGUGUUACCUGAAACUGCAGGUCUUCUCAGCUGCCAUUGAAAGCUGUAACAAGGCCUUGGAACUGGACAGUAACAAUGAGAAGGGCCUCUUCCGCCGGGGAGAAGCCCACCUGGCAGUGAAUGACUUUGAGCUGGCACGGGCUGACUUCCAGAAGGUCCUGCAGCUUUACCCCAACAACAAGGCCGCCAAGGCUCAGCUGGCUAUCUGCCAGCAGCGGAUCCGCAAACAGCUUGCACUUGAGAAGAAGCUGUAUGCCAACAUGUUUGAGAGGCUGGCUGAGGAGGACAGCAAGGCCAAGGCAGAAAUCGCUGCAGGAGACCGUAACUCUGACACAGAUAUGAAGGAUGAACAGAACAACGUAGCAGGGAACCAGUCUCAGUUGGAGACGGAAGCAUAG